AAAAUUUCAGCAGAGAAGUUGGUCUCUUAGAGUUGAUUGGAGAUCCUCCACCAGACGAGAUAACCAAAAUCUAUGGCCCAGACAAAAGUCCUGCUUAUGUGUUUAGACCGGAUGCCAACGCUGGACAAGUGGCACGGUACCACCUCCCAAGCCCCUUUUACAGAGACUUCUCACUCUUGUUCUACAUUCAAUCCACUUCAGACAACGCAGGGGUGCUUUUUGCUCUUACGGAUGCCUCCCAGUCAAUCAUCUACGUUGGUGUGAAGCUUUCGGAGGUGAAAGAUGGAAAACAGCAAAUCCUCUUCUACUAUACGGAGCCUGGCUCUCAAAAUUCCAACAUUGCAGCCACAUUUACCGUCCCUUCCCUGGUCAAUCUGUGGACUCGCUUUGCCCUCAGCGUGCGGGAUUACAAUGUGGUGCUUUAUAUGGACUGUGAAGAAUUUAAGACGGUUCAUCUUGAGAGGUCACCUGGUAAGAUAGAGCUGGAAGAAGGAGCAGGACUAUUUGUGGGACAAGCUGGAGGUGCAGAUCCUGAUAAAUACCAGGGCAUCAUUGUAGAAUUAAAAAUAAAAGAUAAUCCUUGGGCUGCUGGUUACCAGUGUGUCGAAGAAGAUGAUGACUGUGAUACGUGUGGUGGUAGUGGAAGUGGAUUAGACAUAAAACCAUCUUCUGAAAAGGAAAGCGUGAUUCCUCUGUUGUCAAAACUUCCAGUGCCUCCACCUGUUACUUCCCCUGCCAUUGCCAAAAAACCUGUGCCGUUAGAGGAGACUGAAUAUACUGAGAGGCCAACAUAUGUUCCUGCAAGUAAGUUCUUGUUUCCUAGUACUGGGAAGUGCAGGCUUUGGCUAUCCUGGCUCUAA